AUGAGGAAAACCUCCGAGGAUUGUCUCACUUUGUCUCCAGACUGGAAAGUAGAAGAUGAGGACAUCACACAGUAUAGUCCAGGAGAAAAUCCGACUCCCUCCAAUGUCCAUCCAGCACCACCCAGUGUAGAUGGUCCAUCAGAUUCCUCGUAUCCUGAGGAACCUCAGACUGUGCGGGACCGGGCCGGCCUUCCCACAGGGAAGAACUUCUCCUGUAAUGAGUGCGGGAAGAGUGUCCAGUUUAAAUCCAAUCUUAUUGUGCAUGAAGAGUCCCACACAGAGGAGAAGCCACAAUUCUGCCCUGAAUGCGGGAAAUGUUUUUCAAAGAAGUCCCAUCUGUCCACAGAACAGAGAUCUCACACGGGAGAGAAGCUACAUUCCUGUCUUGAGUGCGGGAAAUGUUUCUCAAACAAAUCCUAUUUUUCCGUACAUCAGAGAUCACACAAGGGGGAGAAUUUGUUUUCCUGUUCUGAGUGUGGGAAAUGCUUUGUGCUAAAAUCCAAACUUGUCCUACAUCAAAGGUCUCACACAGGAGAGAAGCCGUUUUCCUGUACUGAGUGUGGGCAGUUAUUUUCACAUAAGGCCAAUCUCGUUUCACAUCAGAGACUGCACACACAUGAGAAACCGUAUUCUUGUCCUGAGUGUGGACAUCAGAGGUCUCACACGGGGGAAAAGCCGUAUUCCUGUCCUGAGUGUGGGAAAUGUUUUCACGGAAGUCCAAUCUUUCCACACAUCGGAGAGUGCACACAGGAGACAAGCCAUAUUCCUGUUCUGAGUGCGGGAAAUGUUUUUCACAGAAGUCCAUUCUAUAUAGACAUCAGAGAUUGCACAUGGGGGAGAAGCCACUUGUCUGCCUUGAGUGCGGGAAAUGUUUUCUAG